GCACAGGAAGGACUCGCAGUACGGGCGGAAGUGGAGUCUCCGGGAAGCUUUGGGGAAGGCGCUGGCGGAGUACACAGACGCCGGGGCGGUGUAGGCGUCCUCAGGUCGCCAUGAACCGACUCCAGGAUGACUAUGACCCGUACGCGGUGGAAGAGCCGAGCGACGAGGAGCCGGCUCUGAGCAGUUCUGAAGAUGAACUGGAUGUGCUUUUACAUGGAACCCCAGACCAAAAGCGAAAACUCAUCCGGGAAUGUCUUACUGGAGAAAGUGAGUCAUCAAGUGAAGAUGAAUUUGAAAAAGAAAUGGAGGCUGAACUAAACUCCACCAUGAAGACAAUGGAGGACCAGUUAUCCUCACUGGGAACAGGGUCUUCUUCAGGAGUUGCCAAAGUGGGAGGAGUCACAGAAAAGUUCUAUGAUGAGAUAUAUUUUGAUUCUGAUUCUGAGGAUGAGGACAAAACAGUGACCAAGAAGAAGAAGAAGAAACAACACAGGAUUCCAACAAACGAUGAGCUGCUGUAUGAUCCUGAGAAAGAUAACAGAGACCAGGCCUGGGUUGACGCCAAGAGGAGGGGUUAUCAUGCUUUUGGAUUGCAAAGGCCACGUCAGAAACAACAGCCUGUUCCAAACAGUGAUGCUGUUCUGAAUUGCCCAGCCUGUAUGACGACAUUGUGCCUUGAUUGCCAGAGGCAUGAAUCCUACAAGACGCAGUACAGGGCAAUGUUUGUGAUGAAUUGUUCUAUCAACAGAGAAGAGGUUCUGAGAUACAAGAAUCCAGAAAACAGGAGGAAACGGCGGAGUGCUAAGAAGAUGAGGUCUAAUCCUGAAGAUCCCGCAGAGAGAGAAGCGGAGGAAAUCUAUCACCCUGUCAUGUGCACAGAGUGUUCAACUGAAGUGGCAGUCUAUGACAAGGAUGAAGUCUUUCACUUUUUCAAUGUUUUAGCGAGCCAUUCUUGAUCAAUGUGACAGGUAACUGCCCAGCUCUGUGUAUAAGGCAAACAUAGACUCUUGUUUUCCUCUUUCCUAUUCAUAUCAUUCAGUGAUGUUGUUAUUAAAACAGUAUUUCAUCUUUAUGAAAAGGAGUGGUUAUCAACCUCUAUCUCUUCUCCCUUUUUGCCUUUUAAUUUUCCCAUGAGGACAGAUUAUUCAUUCCACUUCUAGUGCAUAUUUGUAGACAUUGGAGCUUCUUAUUUAUUAAGUUAGCUUUCUAGACUAAAACAGUUUUGGAAUAAGUAUUUGUUUCCUAGUGUUUGGUCCAUUUUCUGUUGCUGUAACAAAUUACUACAGCCUGCAGUGUUUUAUAAAGAAAUGAGGCUUAGCUGUUGGCAAGAUGACUCUGCACUUGGCAUGCAAGCCUGAUAACCUGAGUUCAAUCCCUGGAAUCUGCAGUGGAAGGAGAGAAUCAACUCUUGAAAGUUUUCCUAUUUCUUAACAUAGGUGCACGCAGACAGACAGACAGACAGACAGACAGACAGACACACACACACACACACACACACACACACUCACUCCAAAGUUUCCCUGAAGGGGCCUCUAGUAUGCCCUGAGGGGAACUAUUUCUCUCUCUGAUUACCUUCUGGGCCUUCUCCAAGCUACAAGUCAGGAGAGCUGGGCCAGUGAGAGUUUGAAUGGAGUUGAGACAACAGGAAAUGAAUGGUUCCUUUUGUCUUCUGUGGAUGGGGAGGAGCAGUGAUGGAGUGCGUGCUUGACAUGUGCAGGUUCCUGGACUGGAUAGCCAACACUACACCAGCACACAAGUGAGCUUCUAAGACAUUCUCAGUGCUUAGGGCAUGGUGGCCUAUAAUUCAAGCACUUGGGAAAGACAAGAAGGGAAGGAACGGGGGAAAGAAGUUGGUGUCAGUGUGUUGGUGGCUAGCAUAUUUGAUAAUUUUUAUAAUAUGGUGGUAUCUAUAUGGAGGCAAUAUGUACUUGACAUUUUUAGUUUCAAAUUAGCACAUGGGAGUAUGUUAUAGAGCAGCACUCAGUCUGAUUAUCGUAGCUUUGUAGGCUCUCCUCUGGUAGUGUUAUUGCAAGCCCGACUUUCUUCUCAGAUUUAGUGACCACCCUAGUGCACCACACCUCCAGUCCAGCGGGAAGUUGUGAAAUCACCUGGAGAGGGCUGGAGAGAUGGCUCAGUGGUUAAGAGCACUGACUGCUUGCUCUAACAGAGGUCCUGAGUCCAAUUCCCAGCAACCACAUGGUGGCUCACAACUAUCUCUAAUGGGAUUUGACACCCUCUUCUGGGUGUGUCUGAAGACAGCUACAGUGUACUCAUAUAAGUGAAAUAAAUAAAUCUUAAAAAAAAAUGCAAAAAAGCUUGCCUUUGGGUCUCUCUGAGAAGAUGAUGCUGUAACAAGCAAGGAAUCCCAAUGUGUAAAGAUGUAAUCUGAUGGUGACAAGGGAAGAAAACAGCUAUAGAGAGGAGAAUCCCAUGUACUAUUUAUACUAAGUUUACUAAUUGGAACUACUUCUUUUUUUUUUUUUUUUUUUUUUUUUUAAAGAUUUAUUUAUUGAUUAUAUGUAAGUACACUGUAGCUGUCUUCAGACACUCCAGAAGAGGGAGUCAGAUCUUGUUACGGAUGGUUGUGAGCCACCAUGUGGUUGCUGGGAUUUGAACUCCUGACCUUCGGAAGAGCAGUCGGGUGCUCUUACCCACUGAGCCAUCUCACCAGCCCUGGAACUACUUCUUUUAGGAUGAUAUUUCAAAUGCCUAGGAUAUUCAUGGCAAUUUUAUCAGGGAAAAAAAAUGAAAAUGAAAAUGAAGGAUUAGAGAGAUGGCUCAGCAGUUAAGAGCACUGACUUCUUUUCCAGAGGAAAUUUCUAGCAACCACAGGACAGCUCACAACUGUUUGUAACUCUAAGAUCUGAUAUCAUCACACAGACAUACAUAAAAUAAAAUAAAAUACAUUGAAAAUAAUCUAAGAAUAGACUAUAUUUACGCAUAAAAGUAUUUACUACAUGGGGAAAAGACCUAGAGGGGGAGGCAUGUGUGGAGGUGGGGAAAACAAACUGUGGCAUGCUUUGUCAUGCGCACAUUGUUUUCCUUGAGUCUGUUGAAAUACACAUUCACACAGGCCCUGAAAAGUGGGGGAGGGAAUGUUGACUGACAGUUUGGGGGCGAGCAAACAUGUGGGACAGUGACUAGGAGCAAAGUUCAGUGCUGUGCGUAUGAAAAUGCCAUAAUGAAUGAGACCUGUUUUGUAUACUUACAAAACCAACAUUAAAUAAAACACUAUUAGCAGCUAUUGUUCAUGUCCUUUCAUUAGAAAAAGAUCUUGAGAUGUCAGACACUGCCUAAGGCCGUUUGGGCUAGACACCAAGAGCCAUGCUUUGUUCCUAUCUGAUUUCCCUUCGUAGCUUUGAGUAUCUUUCUCUCCCUUCACUGGGAUGGUUUCUGUAACGACCUGUAAGUGCUGUUUCUGAGAUGGAGCCGCCUCAUCUUUACCAUCGAACCUCCUUUUCUUUCUAGGUUAAGCAGCUGCCCAUAAACCUUUGAAGGAUCACUUAUGGCCUUGCUUUAGCCUCAACUCUUCCCCAUCGAUGUCCGACUCCCCUUGUGGCCGAGGUUGACCUAGAGCUCCUGCUCAUCCUGUGCCUACCUCCCCGCUCCCCACUGCUGCCUGCACCAGCACAUCUAGCUUUAAGUCCUUUGUAAAUGGAGCACAAAAUGUUUUAAAGGGGUUUAAACAGAAUUGGAUCUGGAGUUCUAUUUGCUAAUGAAGCUGCUCAUUCCCUCACCCCCUGGCUGUCGUGUCGGGUCCUGUUGCUGUGCAGCAUGACACAAUCAUACAGAGUAGCACACAUCCACUGUCUUACUUUUUUUUUUUUUUUCUUUUUUAAUUAGGAGCCUGGCCACAGUUAAGCAGUGUAUUUACUCAAGAUUAGCUCACAAAGGCUAUAAGGAACCUUAAAGCCUUUGCAGUGUAUAUUAGGUAAUAUACAUUAUACAUUAGGUAGUGUUCUCACGUGGCUAGGCAAGUAUCUGUUCCAAGUAUCAGGGUAUUGGCAGAAUGGGCAUCUUUAUAGCCAUAGGACUGAAGUAUCGCCCCCACCCCCACCCCCACCCCGUUGUUGGCCUGUAGGGAUUUAAGUUUACUUAAAAAAAUUUUUUUUAUGUGCUGAUUGAUUAACCAGGAAGUGGUGUCAGGUCCCAGAGGCUAAUUACCUCUGGUUGUAGAAAUAUAUAAAAUAUUAAAAUCA